AUGAACAUAGCUAAAAAAACUCAAUAUAAUAUAAAAGUAGAUAUCCAUGAAGUAAAAGAUUUAAGUUUUCGUGAAAGCGCGAAUGAAAAAGAAAUAAUACCUAAUCCGUAUGUUGAAGUAACAGUAAACGAUGAAAAGAAAAGUACACCAAAAAAAAAUCAAGCAGUAAAUGUUGUAUAUAACACUUCGUUUAAUUUUUCUAUGGACUUAACAGAUUAUCAUUUUCAAAGAACAAGUGUUGAUGUAUGUGUUUUGCAUAAAUACACAAUUCAAAGUGCAUUGAUAGGUAAAUGCUCUUUUAGUUUAAAUUAUGUAUAUUCAAAAAUUCAGCAUUGGUUAUAUAGAAUAUGGGUUAAAUUAAGGAACCCAGAUUUGCCAUCAGAUGAUGUAGGGUUCCUAUUAAUAUCUGUAGGAGUAUAUGGUCCAGGUGACUCUAUACCAAUUGUUAAUGACAGCGUAAAAACAAAUAUUAAUGAAGAAAUAUGUACAAAUAAGGGUUUAGAUAUUCAUAUUACUCAUUAUGAUUUAUGUAUCAAUAUUUUUAGGGGACAAGACAUUGAAUUAAUGAGUAGCAGUUCCUUAUUUUCAAAUGUUUUAGAACCAUAUGUAAAAGUCUCUCAUAAUGGAUUCGAAGAAUGUACUAAAGUUAUAAGAAAUGAUCCAAAUCCUGUCUGGAAUUUAAGUGUGCAUCUACCAACUUGUACACCAUGUUACGACAAUAAUAUUAUCAUUGAACUUAUAAAUGGAGAACAUAAUGGAGUAGUUAUUUUUAGUAUACUUUUAGAUUUUUUUGAAAUAUUAAAAAGAGAAUUAUUGCCAAGGUGGUUUAAUAUUUAUUAUAAUCCUCAAAAUCAAAUAAUUGCAAGGAGCAGUGUGCAUACACAAAAUGUGGGAGUAACUACAAACCCCAAUACAGCCAUUGCUACUAAUACCAUAGGAAACUAUCUUUUCUCAGCAACAGCUGAAAAGUUUUUUAAAAAUGCUACUCAAGGAAUUAACAUCAAUGAUAUAUUAGGUGUAACAAAAGUACAAAAUAUGUUCACUGAUGAUAGUUUAAGAGAAUCUUAUUUAUAUGGAGGUAGAAUUUUUUUAAGUGUUAAUGCUACCAAAACACAUUCACCUGGUCCUAUCUGUAUUAAGUCAGCCAGGGUAGAACCAGAUCCUCCUAAUAAAGAAUAUAUUUUUUGUGCCGACAUUUAUGAAAUAUUAUCCGUUCGUAAUAAUAAAGCAGUUAUUUAUGAUAAUAUCAAUGAAAAAGGUAAUUAUAAUAAUAAUUGUGAUGCUAAUGGAGAUAGUAUUAUUUGUGUAUGUGGUUUAGGACCACAUAAAUUAAAGACUCCUCCUUUACUACCUAAUGAAGUAGGUUCUUAUGUGUUAAAUGAAAAUGCAGGAAGAAUCGAUGAAUUUCGGAUAUUUUUACCACAGAAUAACAAUGAACAAAUUUACGAUAUUUUUUUAUAUAUAUAUGUUAAAUCAAAUUUAGCUAUGACCGACUGGAUUACUAAUAGAAGAAAUAUUUACAAUAGUGUUAUGAGUAAUGAUUACGAUUCUGCUGAUAUAAAUAAACUUCAUGGACUAGAUAAAAUGAGUUCCAUCAAUAAAGGAGUCGAAGAUGUUUUUAAUGAUGUGGAACUUUUGAACAAUUAUAAAUUAAAAAGUUAUGUACGUAUACCAUACAAGUAUUUAUUACAUAAUGAAAAUAAGCCCAAAUGGUUUAUGAUGAAAAAUAUAGAAACCAAUGCACAUGAAUAUAACAUAUCCUUUUUUGCAAAUUUGAUACCAUUUCAAUCCUAUAAAAAAAGACCACAAAGAUUAGAAUAUAAACUAUCCCGUUAUUUUUUCCGUGCCUUAAUAUACGAAGGGUUACAUUUUCCUGCAAAAGGAUAUGAUGCUUUCCCUGAUCCUUAUAUUAAAGUAGAACUAGCUGGACAAACUAUUAAAACAAGCACUAUUUUGCAUACUCUUAACCCUAAUUAUUACGAAGCUUAUGAGGUAGAAGUUAUUUUACCUACCAAUUUAAAUUUAGCCCCUGAUAUAUCUAUAGAAGCAUUAUCUGUUAAUAAAUCCUUUUUAUAUAAUGAUGAUAUUUUGUUAGGUUCUUGCACAUAUCCUAUAAUGAAAGUUCCUGUAGAAUGGAAAAAAUCUCCUAUUUGGAUUAAUUUAAAAUCUUCUCAAUAUAAAAAAUGCAAAGCGAAGUUGCUUGUUGCUUUUGAAUUGGUACCAAGAGAAAAAGUUCUAGAUGACACAUAUCCAUUUUAUGAUGAUAUUAGGCCAUCCACCUUGCCUGGUCAUGUAUCCUUAUUUUUAAUUGGUAUAAGAAUGUUUAAACCCUUAAAAGAUCCAUCCGUAACAGUUUGUUUUGGUAGAGAUGUCGAUGAUACAUCUCAAUUUCUUUGGCAUGAAACGACUAAUAAAGUGAUAUCAGGAAAAGAAGGAAAUUGGAACUUUUUAAAAUAUUUUUCAUUAGAUGUUGCUCUACCUAAGAGAAUGCAGCAUCAUAGUUUUUUAGAAGUUAGAGUUGAAGAUAGAGUAUUAAAUAAUGGAUUUACAGGGGCAGGUGGCAAUAACACAUAUUCUGUAAAUGCAACAAAUAAUAAUCUUUUAAUUGGAACUGCUUAUAUUACUUUAAAUCCACUACUCCCAUGGCUUGACCAAUAUGAAAAGAAUGAAUGUGUUGAAUUAUUCAAGAUGCACUUACUUGAAGAAGUUUUAAUAGAAGAUGCAGAAAAAGCAAGAAAAUCUUAUAACAGUGCAUUAAUAUAUAAAAAAAGUUCAAUUUUGUCAAAGAAAUUGUCCAAUGAAAAUUUUGAACUCCAAGGGCAAGAAGAAGAUAAUCACGAAUUUAAUGAUUUAACAUUGAACGUUUUAGAAGAAAAUCCAGAAUAUCCUGAAGAAGAUGAAGAAGAAAAAAUUAAUAAAGAAGUUAAUGAAAAAAAUCAGGACACUGAAAAGAAAAAGUCUAAGAAAAAUAGUAAAAAAAAGGACGGAAAUAAAGAUGACAAUACUAAUGAUCUUAGAAAAAAAAGAAAAAAAAAUUGGAAGAAAUAUACAAAUAAUGAGUAUGUACCAUAUAAUGAUCCUGAUUUUGCAAAUGUACGUAUUGAGGAAACAUUAGAGCAUGUACGUUUCAAAGCAAAUGAAUGUACAGAUGAUGUUUAUACAAAUAUUGAGGAACAAGAAAGCAUAUGCGAAAAUAAUACAGGUGAUAAAAAAACAAAAUUAAGAGAUAUUAAUUUUUUUAAGGGAAAAAAUGAUGAUAAAGCAAAAAAUGUAUGUAAACAACAUAGAACCAUAUAUGGAUUUAAUGAAGAAAUGUUAAAUUUUCAACUAUCUUUAGCCGAUGAAGAUGAACAAGAAGAAAUUCAAAGAGACGAAAUGCUAUAUGAAUAUGAAGUCGAUAUGAAUGUUGAUGAUUUACCAUAUUUAAGAGCAACAAUCUUCAGAUGCACAGAUUCGGGAAUACCUGAAGCUGUUGGCUAUUUAAAAUAUAUAUGCAAUGUUUAUGAUGAGAAAACAAUGAAUUUAAAGAAGGAAAUGAUGAAAAAAUGUGAUGAUUUAGUAAGUGAAUAUAAAUUAACAAGAAAUUUAGUAGUCAGAGCAUAUAUUAUUCAAGCAAGAGGCCUAAAUCCUUCAUCUGGUGCAACCGAUAUAACUACAUAUAUAUGGAUUAAAAACAGUAAUGAAGUAACUAAUAUACCUGGUGGGUUAUCUCAUAAUAUUAAAGAUACUGGGCACACAAAAAAGCAAGGAUAUAAACCAGAAUUUAAUAGAUGCUAUCAGUUAUUAUGUUCCUUUCCAGAUGAAUCGAUUGUACAAGUUUGUAUUAUGAAUCAAGGAUCUUUAUCUGAUGAAAUUAUAGGUUAUACGUAUAUUGACAUGGAAGAUAGAUAUUUUAAUCAAAAAAUAAGACAAUUAAUGAUUGAUGAUGCUAUGCCUAUAGAAUUAAGAUCUUUAAAAUUAGAAAAUAGCACAAUUUCUCAUGGGUCCCUAAGAUGCUGGUUUGAAAUAUUCACUGAGGAAUUUGCCCAAUUAAAUCCAGUUAAGAUAUUAUGUUCUAAUGAACCUGAUGAUUAUCAAUUAAGACUUGUUAUAUGGAAAGUUAGCAAUGCAGCAAUGGAUAAUAAUUCUACGAUUAGUCUAUUUGUGCGUUGUAUAUAUACUGAUGAUGACACUGAAGAUAGUAGAGAUACAGAUACACAUUAUAAUAGCAAAGAUGGAAAAGGAACAUUUAAUUGGAGAUUUGUUUAUAAUAUAAAAAUUCCAACAAAUGCAACAAAUAUUAAAGUACAAAUUCAUAAUUAUGCUCUUUUAUCUUCUAAUGAACCAAUAGGUGAAGCAACUUUAGACUUAUCUGCACACUUUUAUAGAGCAAGAAAAAAAAAAGGUUUCUAUCACAUUCCUCGAUUUUGGCUAUCUUGUAAGCAUCCAGCUCACAAAAAUAAGAUAAGAGGAAAUGUUGAAAUAGAGGGAUUUAUUUUAACAAAAUCAGAAGCUGAAAUAUCUCCUGUUGGUAAUGGAAGAGAUGAACCAAAUAAAGAUCCUUAUUUACCUCCAGUAACUGAAAAUAGAACAUAUGUAGAUUGGGUUACUAUAAACGAAAAAUUUGGAGCUGCAACAGCAUCUAUUAUGUAUGGUUUAAAAUGGACAGGUGUAUGGAUUGUUGUAGCAGUUGUAGUGGUUGGCAUAUUAUUCCUUAUAUUUUUAUUAAAAUAA